UCAGAUGGAGGGCCGGAAGGGGAUUUCUCUGGUUCAAAACAAAGCAAAAUUGACCACAACCAGUACGCUAAUGCCCCAAAUAGGCUGAAACAGAUGAGGCUUCUUGAAAAAAAUACCCGUACAUUUAGGAUAGGAUCCGUAUUAACUCUGUAAAAAAGACUUAUCUUAUAACCUUGAGGAUUUACCUGCAUCGAGGAGAUCUAUAUAACUAACUAAAUGGAGCUGCAGACCUCAUAUUAUACCACGAGCCAGAAGAAAGUUUUCAAAAGCCUGGAGAAUACAAUUAUUUAGUUUCAUUUUGGGUCAACCAUUUAGGAUCAAAAGUAGCAUUAAAUGGCUGUCAACUUGUUUCUGCCGGAUCCCGAGUUUGAAGGAAUUGGAGAAUUGUCGGCUCUACCAGCUUGUGAUUUUGAGCUGAGUGGUCCAGAGGGCUUCGUGGAAUCCACACAGAUAGCCAAAGAGGGAAAGGCACAGCUGACUGAAGCAGUGGACUGCAGGUGGUACAUCAGAGCUCCACCAAGAGCAAAGAUCUACAUGCGUUUUUUAGAGUACGAAAUGCACAACUCAAACGAGUGCAAGCGCAACUUCGUCGCCGUCUACGACGGGAGCAGCGGGGUGGAACACCUGAAGAACAAGUUUUGCUCCACGGUGGCCAACGACGUCAUGCUGGUGACCUCUGUGGGCGUGGUGAGGCUCUGGGCAGAUGAAGGCAGCAGGAAGAGCAGAUUCAAGAUCCUCUUUACCACUUUCCAUGAACCUCCAUGUGAAGGAGACACCUUCUUCUGCCACAGCAACAUGUGCAUCAACCACACCCUCGUCUGCAACGGCGUGCAGAACUGUGUUUACCCCUGGGACGAGAAUCGCUGCAAGGAGAAGAGAAAAGCCAGCAUCCUGGACACGCUGGACAACACCAACCUCACAAUCAUCGGAAUCACGUGCGGCCUGGUCGUCAUCCUGCUCAUCAUUUCCGUCAUCAUUCAAAUCAAGCAACCUCGCAAGAAGUACGUCAUCCGCAGAGAUGACUUUGACCCAGCCCUACUCCACCCUGGUUUUGACCCGCCACACUACGAGCUCUGUACCCUGCGCCGCGCCCCUUCUGGCGACCUCACCGACGCCGCCCUGGCAGACGACUUCGACAAGUUCCACAAGCUCAGGCGCUCGGAGAGCAAGUGCAUCCGCGACCACCACUGCGGCUCGCACCAGGGAAGCAUCCACGGCAGCCGCAGCAACCUCAGCCUGAGGGACGCCACCAUCGCGCCCGACGGAGGGGCCGCCGUACCCCCAAUGUCGCCGAGGCUGGCGACGCAGAUGUCUCCGCACCUCUCUCACCACAACACGCCGGCGUGUCGGAGGAGCAUCCUGGUGAUGAAGCACAGCUACUCGCAGGACGGGGCGGAGGCGUACAGGGCGGAGGACGAGGAGGAUGAUUUGAUGAUGGAUGUCGGCCCCACCACCAGCCAGCACCACCACCACCACAUCCACCACAGCACCCCGGGGUUGGACCGUACGCUGUCUAACGACUUCUAAUUUAUUGCAAGUUAAAAAAUCGGGUCAUCUGCAAUUAGUUUGCGUUGAAAUCGACGAGAGAUGUUCACAGGGGAAAGUAGUUUGGGACUUAUUGGCCCCUUUUCUUCUCAAUGGGGGCUGAAAAUCCUGGAGUUUUUAAAACUUAGUAGAUUCCUUUGAGUGUGUCUUCCUAACGUCCAUGUUUGACAUUCAGCGAACAGAAAGAGCAUUUAAAAAUAGUUUUAAUGUAUGUUCCCUCAAGCCAAAGAAUUAAGUUCAGUAUUAAAUACCACGCUGCUUAUGGCACAAAUGACAUAAAAAGGGAAGAAAGUAAACUGCAACAAAGUUGGGUCAGAAGUUCUACUGGAUCCCAGUUCCCUCUUUUGUUCCUGCAUUUCUGCCCUGUUUGUCUAAUGGAUAGGUAUAUACUGUCCUAUUUAUUAUUUUAUGAAGAAAUAACUGAAUUGACAUUUUUCUGCCACCAAAGCAAAAACAAAUGUUUUAUUGAGUGCUA